ACAUUUUCGAUUUCCGAUUUUCGAAUGCACUUGCGGGAGAGAGUCGCGCGGCGAUCUCCCGACGAGGUCGCCAGGAUGACGGACGAGGAAAUUGCGGGAGAGGCGUCGCUCGAUAAAACGGCGAGGACACUCACCGAGGACAUACAGAACAUGUCCAAUUACAAGGCGCUUUACAACGAGAUACAAAGACUCGUUGCGUCGCCCGCCGUGGAUAAGAACGAUUUCAAGGGCUCGCUGAUCGCCGCGCUGACAAACAACGGUCUGGAGACGGAGAUCAGAAACACGGUGUUUCACUGGCUGCGAUCGCGGGGUUCACUGCAUUCACGAUCGGUUCCACAUAUACAAACAGCCGACUUGAGUUACUUGAAGAAAGCUCAAAUUCAGUGGGAGCGACGCAUACAAAAGUCGCUGAACUCGACAUGCAGCAAAUUGAACAUUCCGCUAGCUCGCAUAAGACCCGCCGCCGAUAGGAACGAAUUGAUCGAGAAGUGGAAUGAGCUGAGUACUUACGACAUCGAUUUGUUAGAAUACCGGCCGCUGUAUGCUCCGAAGGACUUCCUGGACAUGUUGGUCUCCAUACGUGAUCCUUCCUUUAAAAAGCAACCAGACGAACUGAAUUGGGACUUCAGUCAUGUACAGAUUGGGGUGAAAACGCUUGCACAGUUGAGACAGGUGUACACAGAAUUGGCUCAGGGGAUGCCAUUACUCGGAGUAAAUCCCAAUAUGCCGGCAACAGAGAAUUUUCCAAAUUUAGAAGCCGAGCGAACGCACAAUGGUGAAAAAGUGCUCGGCUCGAAUCACGCCCCGAUUGCUCAGGAAUUCCUCAAACGGGGAUCUCCUCGAGCAUUACGCGGUCGUCUCUGGUCGCUUGUUCUCGGAUCCGUUAUCAAAGAUAAUGAUGUAGAAUAUUACGAAGAAUUGAAAACUAUGAUUCUACAGUAUGAUAUCGUAGUGGACAAGCUGAUAAUAAAGGACGUGCACUUAACAGCGAGAGACGACGAUCAAUACUUUGUAUUCGAAGAUCUCUUGUAUAAGACGAUGUUAUGCUUCUCGAGAGAUUCCGAAAUACUUGCGCCAGUCACGACUGACAGUAGCGCCGGCGGUCAAGUAAUUCAUGCGGUUUUGCAAGGUAAACCCGCAACGCUAGAGAACACUUUGGUCCUGCCACCAAGCGGUGUCAUUCCAUUCCACGGAUUCACGAUGUAUGCUACACCAUUUUGCUAUUUGUACGAUGAUCCCUAUACUAUAUACUACACCUUUCGUGCCUUCUACCUGAGAUAUUGGUUUCGCUUGCACACCGUGUCGAGCCACGAACAAGGCAUAGUCGCUCUCUGCUUGCUUUUUGAACGACUGUUACAAUGUCACGAGCCGCAGCUGUGGGCCCAUUUCAAAACUAUACAUAUUCAACCUGUAAGAGUAGUUUUCAAGUGGCUGAUGAGAGGCUUCAGCGGUCACUUACCGCCUGAACAACUCCUGUACCUUUGGGAUCUGAUUCUGGGUUACGACUCCCUGGAAAUUAUUCCGCUGUUGGCAGUAACGAUACUGAGUUUUCGAAAAGAAAAUCUGCUGCAAGUGAAUACCCAGCAAAACGUAGAGGCUGUACUGGCGGACUUGUCCUCCUUAAAAGUGAUGCCUCUGUUACAACUAGCCCUACUGAAAGAAUAAUAUCUCUAUUGUGCACGAAAAAUUAUACAACAGGGUUUAUGCCCUUUGUUUAGGUAUAUAUAUAUAAUUCCUUUUGUCUCCAGAUUUUAUAUAAUAUUAUUUUAUUCCUGAGAGCAUAUUUUGAUGUCGGAAUAUACGCGCUAAAUGCCAAAUAAA